ACCUGACCGCAAGCCGCUGGUCAUGGCGUCUCGCUUGCUGGCAGGCGAGCGGCUGGUGCGCGCUUUGGAGCCCGGCGGCGAGCUGGAGCCAGAGCAGCUGCCCCGGAAGCUGCGGGCAGAACUGGAGACCGCGCUGGGGAAGAAGCACAAGAGCGGGGAUGUUCCCAGUGGCUCCGCGCGCCUCGUUUCUUUCCGCCUGAUCCGCGAUCUGCAUCAGUACCUGAGAGAGAGGGGUUCCACACUAUACCUUCAUGAGCUCCUAGAAGGCAGUGAAAUCUAUCUCCCAGAGGUUGUGAAGCCUCCCCGGAACCCAGAGUUGGUUGCCCGUUUGGAGAAGAUUAAGAUACAGCUGGCCAAUGAGGAAUAUAAGCGGAUCACCCACAAUAUCACCUGUCAGGAUUCAAGGCACAGUGGGACUCUUAGUGAUUUCGGAAAGCAAGUGAGGUCAGUGAAAGCUCUGGUCAUUACCAUCUUCAACUUUAUCGUCACGGUAGUAGCUGCCUUCGUCUGCACUUACCUUGGAAGCCAGUAUAUCUUCGCAGAAAUGGCCUCCCGGGUACUGGCUGCACUGAUCGUGGCCUCUGUGGUGGGCCUGGCCGAGCUGUAUGUCAUGGUGCGGGCGAUGGAAGGCGAAUUGGGAGAGCUCUGACGGUUCCUCAGAGGUCUGGAGCGGAUCUGGGGAGACGCCAGGCUCCCAGUUGCCAGUCACUGACUCUCAGUCAACCUACCAGGCGCUUUGUCGUCAGCUCUGGUUACACAGAGGGCCGAGCCACGGCCACCUGCUGUUCCUACAGACGGUCCGGGCGGGGGGAACCCCAACCUCUGUGAGUUUCCAGAGGGGCUCUAAAAGAGACUCAGACAACAACUGAAAAGAACUGGUCUUUCAGUACCUUCUCCUGACCCCAGGACUGCCUUCUCCAGUCCACCUGGGCACUGCCGAGGCCGGAGUUUUCCAUCAGGAGUACAUAGAACCCAGGGCCUCCAAGAAGCAGACAGUACUGCCUUGAAAUUGCCCAACUGCACAAAUUGAUGGUCACCCUCUGCCCAUACAUCCUCGAUGCAGGCCUGUAAUUGAGACCAGUAGGCUCUUAAAAAAAAAAACCAAAGGAUUCCCUUUCUCCAGUUUGUGCCAGAAGAGGAACUGAUCACAGCACACCGAAUAAGAGAAAGACCGGUUGGCACGGGCUGGUGAAAUUGGGAGCUAGGCAGCUACCUUUCUGGGAUCUUCAUUUCUGUCUUCGUCCUCUCCCUUCUGCCGGCCUUUUACACAUUUUCUGUGUGUUCCUGCCCGUCUCUGCCACUCGUCAGCCUUCCUUGAACUUCCCACCUUCCCAUCACCCUUUGCUCUGCCUCCAAAAAUGAAACCAGUUCAGAAGGCAAAACAGUAUGUGUGCUUUUAGUUGAAAAUCUCUUGUGUUUGUGUGUGUUGACGGGAAGAGUAUGCCUCCUGUGGAUUCUCUGUGCUAUUAAAGGGAGGUGUUCUUUGUAGAUACGGAGUCUUGUCAGGUUUAACUAUAUGUGUGAUUACGAAGGGACGUUACACGUGAUUACAGACACGUGAGUGUGUGUACAUAUUGUUAUAUGUAAACCUAUUGGAGGAUUUUUUAUGUACGUUCUUAAAAUAUUGGGGGGGGGUGCAAAAAAUAGUUUAAAUGUGCACAGUUGAGUCAUUGCUUUCCACAGUUGCUUUUUGCCUUUACAACCAUCCUGGAGGUUGGAAGAGGAAACAAUUUUAGGCCCCUUUUCCCGAAGACAAAACUGAGGCUGAGGGAGAUCAGUUGACCAGCUGUGGUCUUUCUUCUGUAAAGGGAGCCAAAGGCUUCUAGGCUGUUCUGAAGUCCCUGUGUAACGUUAAACUUCCAAGAAUUUCGAUUAGUGGUAGAGUGAUAAAGUCUGUAUACGUGUACUUAGAAACUGUUAGCAAUAGUUAUCCAAUAAAUAUUUAUCGUA